AUAAAAAGUGAAGCUAGCCAGUAACAACAGAUUUAGUAAUUUUACAAUGUAUAUACUAACAGUUUUGGUAUUAUCAUAUGUAUUGACGGUAGCUAAUACAGCGAGGAUUCUUGGGGUAUUUCCAACUCCAUCUGUAAGCCAUCAAGUUGUGUUUAGACCAUUAAUGCAAGAAUUAGCAAGACGAGGACAUGAUGUAACAGUCAUAACCACAGAUCCGAUAUUCUCUAAAAACAACUCUCCAAAAAACUUUACAGAAAUAAGUGUUCAUGAUGUAUCAUACAAAAUCUGGAAGAAUAAUUUUACACAUGAUGUUAAAUUUGGGAAGAAAGGUGAUAUGUACACACAGGUUGAGAGUUUUACAGUUUUGAAUACUAUGUUGGCAUCUGCUCAAUUUAGGCAUCAGCAAGUCCAAGAUUUAAUCAAUAAACGAGGAAAAUUUGAUUUGUUAUUCAUCGAAGCCUGGCAAACACAAGCUUAUUAUUAUUCUCACAUAUUUAAAGCUCCUGUAAUAUUAUUAAGUUCAUACGGUAUGUUUGGAAAUGAAGAUAUUGCUGUUGGUGCUGCAACGCACCCGUUUUUAUUUCCCAAACUAGUGCAACAAAGAACAUUUAAUCUUACAUUUUGGGAGAAAGCUCAAGAGUUAUACAGACAUUACUGGUUUCGAGAAUUGUGGUCAACAAUGGAAAAAAAUGAUUGUCAUCUAUGGGGACAGCUUUUGGGAAAAAAAGUUCCUGAUUUCAAGGAAAUAAAUAAUAAUAUUGAUAUGAUGUUUUUGAACGUUCAUCCAAUGUGGAUUAGUAACCAACCUCUUCCACCUAAUAUCAUUACAAUUUGGGGUAUUUAUAAAAACCAAAGAAAAGCGUUACCUACGGAUCUUCAAAAUUAUCUCGACUCAUCCAAAAAUGGUGUGAUUUACAUAAGUUUUGGUUCCAACGUUCUCUCAUCAGCUCUAUCUCCUGAUUGGAUACAAUUAUUUGUUCGGGUGUUUGCUAGAUUAAAGUACGAUGUAUUAUGGAAAUGGGAACAAACAGAACUACCUGGUAAAUCGGAAAACAUCAAGAUAUCAAAAUGGCUGCCACAAUCAGAUUUAUUAAGACAUCCAAAUAUAAAACUGUUCAUCACGCAAGGUGGUUUGCAGUCCACUGACGAGGCUAUAACUGCUGGAGUACCAACAGUAGGAGUGCCGAUGCUUGGAGACCAGUGGUUUAAUUUAGAAAGACAUGUUUAUUUCAAAAUUGGUAAAAAUCUUCACAUGGAGACCCUCACCGAAGAAGAUUUAGAAACAGCUAUUCAUACUGUUAUAAAUGAUACCAGUUACAGGGAUAAUGUGGUUAAACUCCGGACACUCAUGGAGGAUCAGCCACAGAGUGCGUUAGAUCGCGCAGUGUGGUGGACAGAGUAUGUGCUGCGCCAUGGAGGCGCGAAGCACCUUCGAUCUGCGAAUGCUAAUAUGUCCUGGAUUGAGUUCUAUGAAGUAGAAUUUGUACUAAAAUUAGCAUCUCUCAUACUGCUUUCAUUGGCGCUAGUCGUAGCUGUUUUGUACUUCAUGUAUAUCAGUUUUGUAACGAAGCCAAAACUUAAAAAACAUUAAAGGGAUAUUAAAAAUUUAGUGUUAAAAAAACCUCAGAUAAAAUUAAGCCCUUACUUUAAGCCAAUGUAUAUUUUUAAAAUUCAUAUGUUCAGGAUAAUUGUAAAAGAUGACAAUGUAAAAGAUAAUUAUAUAUUUCUGUAAUGUUUUCAAAAGUUUUUGUAUACAAGAAUAAUGAGUAUUCCCUACAUAGUCACCAAAUAACGAAAACAUUUACUAUAAAGCGGGCCAAAUAAAACAUAGCUUCAAAUCCGUUAAAAAAGUGUUUUUCUAAAUUAAGUAUGUUUAAUUAUAAUUUUUCGUAAGUUAAAAACCGCUUAAAAAAGUGUUCUUCGAUGUCUAAAAGUUAUAUCAAUGAAAGACUACAUACCUACUUAAUUUGUCAAAUAACGAACUUGUCAAUUGUCAGAACUUGACAUUUGACAUAACUACGUGAAAGGUGCCCUAAGUCCUAAGAAAUAUGUCAGAAGUAAACUAAAUUUUGUUUCUUCAACCAAAUUGUGAAUGUAGUAGCUGAAAAUGUUAAUUCUUUAAAAGGCAGAAUAUGUUAUAUUUACGUUAUUUAAUUAGUGUAGUGUUCCGAUAAUAUUAAGUGAAUUAAUCUACAUUUAAAAAAAAAUAACAUAAUAAUAA